UAAUUUCAGUAUAUAAACGAGAGAAAAUAUUGAAAAUGUACUGAGAAAUAACUUUAUUAUGUCCAAAAUUAAUUCUGAUAACAUUUUAUUUAGUAAUAACAAGGCUAUUAUUACUAUUAUCAUUACAAUCGUUGUGAAUCUCUUCUUUACAAAUGUAUGGUGUUCUUCAGUAAAUAAUGAUGGUGAUAUUAAAUUAGUCGAUGGUCCAAGUGAACAAACUGGAACGGUACUGGUUUAUAGAACCUAUGGCUGGGGCAAAGUAUGUGAUGAUCACUGGACAAUGAAAGAAGCAAAUGUUGUCUGUAGACAAUUAGGAAUGGGCCAUGCUCUUGAAGUACAUAGACGUAAUAGAUUUGGAUCAAGCUCCCAAGCAAACUAUUUAAUGGACGAAGUUCAUUGUAUUGGUAAUGAAAAACGUUUAACUGAUUGUAGAUUCAAUGGUUGGGGAGUACAUGAUUGUCGAUUAAAUGAGGAAGCUGGUGUAAAAUGUGCUCAAAAAGCUAUAAUAAUCAAUAAACCUGUUUGGAAUCCGCUUAAAUUGAAAUUCAGUCAACUGGAAUUAGAAAGAAUGUCUAAAGUAGAUUUCAAAGUAAUCAACCAACAAUCAAACUUGAGUCAACAUGUACGAAUACCUACAUUCAUUCCAGUAAUAAUUGAAACAGCUAACGGAACAAAAGGAACAGUAUGUUCGGAUCAUUUUCAUUCAGCUGAAGCUAUUGUAUUUUGUCAUCAAUUAAAUGUUGGUCAUGGAGGCAGAGUAAUUCCGAUGCCAGUCAAACAAACUGGAAUCAAUGCUACUAAUUCAAUUGCUAUAAUUGGAUAUUGUUAUGGAAAUGAAACUAAUUUAAAGCAUUGUAAAAGUUAUAUCGAUUACAAUGGUAUACCAUGUCAAUCCCAGUUAGCAGCAGCUGUUGAAUGUACUUAUGACCUACCAGAUUUGUUACCUGAUCGUUAUAGUUUAGAAACUUCUGCGUAUAUUCAAAAAAUGAGUCUUUGGUUAUUAGAAUGUGCUCUUGAAGAAAAUUGUUUACCGGAUAUAGUGUAUAGAAUUAUUGACAAUAAUCCAUAUAACUAUACAUGGAUGACCAGAACCCUGAUGAGGUUCUCAUCAAUUAUCGAAAACUCUGGAAAUGAAGUUUUUCGACCAUUAGACGAUCCAGAGAAUUGGGAAUGGCACGCAUGUCAUAUGCACUAUCAUAGCAUGAAAGUUUUUUCACGUUACGAAGUUGUGGAUACAGAAAAAAGAUUAGUAGCUGUUGGGCAUAAAUCAAGUUUUUGUUUGGAAGAUAAUUUGUGCAACUCUGGGAUAGCACCUAAGUUCCGUUGUAGUAAUGUAGUCGACAGUAAAGGAACACAAGGUAUAAGUCCAGGAUGUCGAGAUAUGUAUUUACACGACUAUGAUUGUCAAUGGGUUGAUAUAACUGACAUAGCACCAGGACAGUACACAUUCCAAGUUUCAUUUAAUCCUGACUUCUUGGUGCCAGAAUCCAAUUUUUUCAACAAUGCAUUAACUUGUCAAAUGACACAUCUGGGAUAUACAGCUGUUUUAAGACUAUGUCGAUUUAUUCAUUUAAAUGAUUUAUUUUAAAAUUCCCAGUCUCUUUCUUAAGUAACAAUUUUUGUUUGCUUGAUGUUAUAAAAUAAAUUGAAAUUAAUUGCAAAUUGUUCAUGAUUGAAAAUAAAAAAAAUUCUUCACUA